CCCUCUCUUUCUCCCCCAUCAGCUCUGCAGCCCCCAACUCAGGUCUGCUGUACCCCUCGUGCCCCUCGUCCUCCUCUUCUCUCUUACUCCGUCCGCCGGCUCCCUCAGCCUCCCUCUGCCUCCCUCGAACCCGUUUGCUGCUCGCCGGAUCAGCCUUCUCAGCAACGCGAGCUCCAUCUGGAAGACUGGAACCCCCCUCCUUUGACGGAGUUGCCCUCCAGGUUUACGGCUGUUCCUGCACUUAGAUUCGCCUUCGAUCUCACUGCAGAUUGGUCGUUUUCCUCUUAAUAACGCAGUGUCUUCACCCUAGAAAUGCAUGUGCUGGAUUGACUAUCGGACUCCUCGAAGUUGUUAAUAUGGCAAGUUGCAAUUAUUUAGAAAACGUUUAUGUGCUAUGGACAUUGUUGUCCUUUUCGAGCUAUAUUUUCAUGGUGAAUUUUUUAGAAGAACUGAAGCUAUUCUACAAUAGACCUUAGAUGAGUCUUGGUUAUCUUGCAGACAGUGUGAAUCAGUUAUUGACUUUGUUCAGCAUAAAUCAGUGUGUUGGAUCUUUGCUGAAGCAUCUCAAUGCAUUUACCUUGGGCUCUUAGGUCUUGAUUCUAGGAGAGAGCAUGCUUGGAAUUUGUGCUUCGUGUGAUGCUCCUGACCAGAUCCAGUACUGAUGCAUUUGAUGUGUUGACCAUUUCCCUUGUCAUUCUGUUUGAUGUGUUGGCUAUUCUAUGCUUAUACCAAGUUAUCUAUUUACGCAUACGGAUCCGGCAACAAUAUUAUAUCCAGCUUAGUUUUUUUAAUGGGCCUUGGGUCGCACGGAUUUUUCUAGUUUUAGUUGCAAUUUGGUGGAGCUUAAGUGAAGUUGCUAGGCUAAGUUUUCUGAAAGGAAGGCUCAUAUCCACCUUAACAUGGCAGAGAAGUGUGUGCAAGAUCUAUAUCCUCUUCAACCUUGGGUUUUCAGAGCCUUCUGUCUUUCUCACACUCGUGUUCCUUCUACGUGCCUCCUUGCAGAAGAGGGAUUCGGGCACUCUAAGCCAAGGAUGGAACAAAAAAACCAUUGGCUAUAUCUUUCUUUACUGCCUUCCAAUUUUUGUGUUGCAACUUAUCCUGAAUUUUGCUGGACCCAGGCUGUUCAACGAGUCCAAGAGUAGUGGAAGGUUAAGGAAGGACAACUACUUUACAAAAACUAGUGUUCUGGUUGGAGAUGAUUAUGUAUGCACUUAUCCUCUUUUUAGCACUAUUGUUCUAGGGCUUUUUCAUGCAGCCCUGAUUAGCUACGUUGUCUGUAUUGGAAUUCGUGUGUACAUAUCAGUGAUCAACAAACACCUGCUUCGAAGGCUCUAUUGGUUGGUGCCCUCGAUUAUUAUUUCUCUUCCCGUGAGGGUGCUCCUCCUUGGAUUCUCUAUCAUACCUCAACCCGGCAGCGUGGGAUAUGAACUGAUCGUUUUCUUGGCCUUCUUGAUCAUGCUGUUUUGUGCAGUGAUUGGAAUCAUUAUAUUGGUCUACUUGCCGGUGACAGAUUCUAUGGCCCUCCGAAACUUAGAGGAGAGACAGAUGUUAGAGGUACCAUAUGAUGAUUAUUACAAUGACAGUGCGUCAUUCGUGGCUAACCAGAGCUGCCGAGACACCAGGAGGAGCUCUGAUGUUUCUACCAAGCCCGGAUCAGUAUCCUUCAGGACGAUGAUCAAGGAUGACCUUCCUGGCCCAGAUGGCUUUGAUGAUAUGAGCUUGUCGUUUCCAGCUACUCUUCAUAUUGGUUCGCCCUCAGGUUCUUCUUCAAUACCAGCUAGGUCCAUGCUUCCUCUCAAAGAAAUUCCUAGAUUCUAGGAAGAAAUUUAUGUCUACCAUUGUACAUUUAUCUUGCAGGGCGUAACUAUUAAAAGCAGUUGUAGGUUGAUCAAAUUUUCUAAUUUUGAAUGCUAUCUGGUAGCUUUGCAAUGA